AUGAGUGAGUUGUGUCCGGUCUAUGCUCCAUUUUUUGGCGCUAUUGGUUGUGCUGCGGCGAUAGUGUUCACGUCUUUCGGUGCUGCGUAUGGUACUGCUAAAUCCGGUGUGAGCAUUUGCGCGACAUGUGUUCUAAGGCCAGAUUUGCUAUUCAAAAACAUCGUGCCAGUGAUUAUGGCGGGUAUCAUUGCAAUCUACGGGUUGGUGGUGUCUGUUUUGGUGUGUUACUCUUUGGGUCAGAAACAAGCAUUGUACACUGGUUUCAUACAGCUUGGUGCCGGGUUGUCCGUCGGGCUCAGUGGGCUUGCUGCGGGGUUUGCUAUCGGAAUUGUGGGUGAUGCGGGUGUGCGUGGAAAUGCGCAGCAGCCUCGUCUAUUUGUGGGUAUGAUUUUGAUUUUGAUUUUUGCUGAAGUCUUGGGUUUGUACGGCUUGAUCGUGGCUUUGUUGUUGAACUCCAGAGCGACUCAAGAUGUCACCUGUUAG